AUGGAUUUCGUAACAAUUGCGAAAAUCGCAAAGGACAUCGCCGUAGCAAUUCAUAAAGCUGAUAAGGAAAUGAAGGAAAGGUUUAAAAAAAUGCUGAAGCACAGAACUUUGGAGGAUAUUUCAGUUCUACAUACCAUGCUAGAAAGAGUCGCUGAAUCUACCAAUCAAAAACUGAAAAUAGAUUUCGAAAAACAUCGAAUCCCGGAAAGAAUCAAAAAGGUUGGAUACUUGGUAAAUGGUUCUCAUGGCCAUUAUUUUGCUGGAACAAAUGGAGAUGGGAAAGACUAUACUAUUUUCACAUGCCUCAGGAACGAAGGCUACUGGAUGGACAAGCAACGUGCAGCUUGUGUCGGUGGAGCCGUGGCCGGACUUUUACUUCUUGGAGCUCCCACAGUUUACAUGGGAUUUAUUAUUGCAGACAUGCAGAAACAUUUGAGGGAAAUGGAGAAAGAUUUGGCUUUCAUUGCUGAGGAAAUUGAGAGCAUUUUUGAUCAGACUAACUCGUUGAUGUUGGCUAAUGUUGUAUAA